GGCUUGCUUCGAUAAGGUGCUCUCUUUCCUAAAAAAGAAAAGAAAACAAAAAUAUCCAUCCUCGUGAUUAUCGAAGCAACCCUUUUCAUUUUCCAAAACUGUUCGGAACCAGCGACCUUGGUGACAAUGAAGGAGAUUGCCUCGUCCGCCCCUGAAGAGGAAGUGCCCAAACCGCCGGCCAUCGUAUCGUACGCGUUCGAGAAGGAGAUCAUCAACCGGGCGAAUGCGCACAUCCGCGUGACGGACAGCUUUAUGCCGGAUGUGCGUCGGGUGCCGAUAGCGAUCAAGUUCUGGUCCAAGUACGACUCGACCUCGGAGGAGGCCCAGCGCAAGCUGGCCAACGUGCACAAGUACGUGGAGCUGCUGGAGAAGAACAUCACGGAGGGACCGCGGGAAAAGUACCAGGAACCGCGGACGGAGAAUCAGUGUUACGGAUGGCACUCCGGCGCGGUAGACCCACUGGUAACGGAGGACGCCCACCUGUUGUACCACCCUAAGAAGCGCCAAGAAAUCACCCUGAUCGGCGAGAAGAUCAACGCGGACAAGAUCACCCAGCGACCUCGGUUCACCGGAAUCCCGUUCAAACUACCCAGUUGAAAUCGUUUUGAGUAUUUUUGUUUUAUUUUUAGCACAAUAAAUUAACUGUUGAAACAUGUUA